UCGGUGUGUCAACAUGGCGCCUGUCUGCCGGACAAAAGGCGAAUCUGUCUGACGGCGGAUUGAAGCCCAAUUAGAAGCAGAGGAGACAUUUUGGGAAAACUGUCAGUGUCUGUGUGUCCCUGCGCCCCGAGGCGAUAGAUAUAUGGUAAAACAAACAUCCGCGGAGGCUCUUGGACUGGAAUAAUAAGGAUGUUCCAGCAGUGUGAGGAGCCUCGCUUCACCAUCGAGCAAAUUGACCUCCUCCAGAGGCUACGGAGGACGGGCAUCACCCAGGCAGAGGUUCUCCAUGCUCUGGACACCCUGGAUCACCUGGAUCGGCAGCAUGGGCACAAGUUGACCCAUAAACCUUCCUAUAUGCCACCUUCGUCUUCCAGCACUGUCGCCGCCUCUUCUUCCAUGACUUCUACCGCCACUCAGACAAGUUUUCCCAACAACCGCCUCUCAUUGUCCCCUAAUAACAACUUUGACACCACCUCCCCACCUCUGCCUGUUCCAGUAGCCUCACCUAAUACCAUAACAGCAGUAGUGCCAAACGGUUUGGUUGCCGUUACCAAUGGGAAGCUUUCACCACCCCGGUUUCCUCUUGGGGUGGUUAGCGCUACUGUAACCACACCAGGGUAUGCGUUUGAAGCUAGUGAAGAGGACAUAGACGUUGAUGAAAAGGUGGAGGACUUGAUGAGGAGGGACAGUGCUGUGAUCAAGGAAGAGAUUAAAUCCUUCCUGGCGAACCGACGUAUAUCCCAGGCUGUGGUUGCUCAGGUAACAGGGAUCAGUCAGAGCCGGAUCUCCCACUGGCUCCUACAGCAGGGAUCGGACCUCAGCGAGCAGAAGAAGCGAGCGUUCUUUCGCUGGUACCAGCUGGAGAAGACCAAUCCUGGUGCUACUCUGGCAAUGCGAGCCACCCCCAUACCACUGGAGGAGGUGAUGGACUGGAAUCAAGCUCCUCCUACAUUUGGUUCGGCCCCCGGGGGCUUCCGUCUGCGACGAGGGAGCAGAUUUACCUGGAGGAAGGAGUGUCUGGCUGUCAUGGAGGGCUAUUUCAAUGAUAACCAGUAUCCCGAUGAAGCCAAGAGAGAGGAGAUUGCCACUGCCUGCAAUGCUGUCAUACAGAAACCAGGAAAGAAGCUGUCUGAUUUGGAGAGGGUAACAUCCCUGAAGGUUUACAACUGGUUUGCGAACCGCCGCAAAGAUAUCAAGAGGCGUGCUAAUAUUGAAGCAGCCAUCUUGGAGAGUCAUGGCAUCGAGGUUCAGAGUCCAGGAGGUCAGUCCAACAGCGACGACGUGGAUGGCAACGACUUCCCUGACCAGGGCUGUGAGGUGUCCUUAUUUGAUAAGAGACCUUCAGCAAGGCAGUUCAGUUUCAGUCGAGCUGACCUGUCCUCUCCAACCCAGGUUCCCACACUGCUUCCGAGCUGGUUUUCUGCCCUGGGUAGAGGGGGCGUGUCUGGACAGAGGGCCGCAUCUCUUAUUGGUCGCUCCCUAAUAUCAGGCGCGGUUCCUCAGAUGGAAGGUUCCAGACUAACAGGUGUUUCCUGGUCCCCUCCUUCCCCCUCUCUCCAGGACGAGCCCACAGUUCACAGUGCCCUGUCCGAGGCCCAGGAUCCAGUCAGUUUGGAGAAGGCGGCGGCAGUGAGUGACAGCAGCCCGGUGGUAACCAAUCAGGGGGAUGGCGCAGGGUGCAGCGUGGGGAAUGACAUCAAGACGGAGACUCUGGAGGACGACUGAAAGGAGGGGCAGAUAUCACAGCUGUCAGAGCGAUAAACAGGUGUCAUUAUAUGCAAGCAGAUUUUUUAGAAUGUAAUAAUAAGUGGAAAAAAAAUGACCAAAAGUCGUGUAAAGUCCAACCCUGAGAUACCUCCCAACCCUACCUCCAACCACCAACCUGCUCUGCUACGCUCGUAUAGGCAUUAUUAUUGUAUUAUAAUUAUAAUAUUAACAAUAAGCUUUUAUUUGUUAGUGUUCCCCAGCAACCUGUGGAAAAUUUAAAAUGUACCUAAAAACAAAUCCAGCAAAGAAAGUGAAAUAGGACGCACCUUUAAGGGAACACAUGCUGUAGCUGUCCGUUUUCUUUGUUGAUUGUUUAUGUUGAGGCAUUUGAAAUCUUCCAUAGAAGGCUGAUAAACAGGACUUUCAUGCAUUGUGCAGAUUUUCUUGGAAAACUGCUUUUUUUUCACAGCAGGACAACACUGUAUUUGACAUGGAAUUCCAAACAUUUCAGGGUCUUGCACUGUGAUCACAACACAACUUAACAGCCUCAAAAGAUAAAUGCGUUCAUUUUAGUUUAUAUUAACUGAUAGUUAUAAAGUGUUGCAGCACAUUUCAUCACAGUUCUUUAUAUUUAAAAUUUUAUAUUUAAUCUUAGGGUAACAGCAUAUAAGUAAUCUGUCUCUGGGCCCAAAAUGUCUGAAAAAUGUUUAAGAAAAAAAAAGAGAGAAAAAUGGUAUGAGCCUCCCCUGCCUGAUAAGAUAAACUCAAUGUGUAGAAGCAGCAAAGGCCAUAAUGAUUGAAACACCGAUAAUGCAAUUUUAUCAUUACUAAAUCUUUCAGAAUUUAUUGUUUUUACUUGUAUUCAGAUUUUACUUGUAUUCGUGUGGUUACUUAUAUGCUGCAAGUUUAUAUUGAAAAUUCAGCCGCCUAAGGUUUUCAGGCACUAAUUUGGACUUAAAUGUGAUUUAUUUCUAUUUACAAUAGUGAAAUUACCCUUUAUAAAUAUUUAAAUACUGUGAAUUUAGUAGCGUUUAAACUAAUUAGGGCCUCAGUUUCCAGUGAGAAUUUAAAUCCUGUAUGGCUUUACUUUGCUUCCAAAUCAAUAACAAGUUUGUUUGUUUUUUUAAUUUCAUUUUUUUGUUUUGUUUUUUUUGAGAGAGUUGUAUGAAAACUAGAAACCUGGGCGUCCUUGUGACCGGGUGACGUUUAUUCAUUCGUACCCAGUUACCUGCUGGAUUAUAUAAUUAAUAAUCAACACAUAUCAUUCAGCUGAGAGGAAGUCAGUAGUGUCAAAAAGCUGUUUAAAUACUAAAGAUUAAAAUGUAAAGUGAAUAAAUACAGAUGGGUGAUAAAUUAAAGGAAACUGAACCACUUAACUGAAACUGAACCUACAGUGUUAGGAUCCAGUUUGGGCCGGUUUGUCCCUGUAGAGGGAAAGGUCACAAUAACUCUACUUUCCUAAUAAGGGCGUUCUCUUCCAGGCUGGCAGUGCAUUGUAUCUUUAGGCAUGCAGUCUGCAUAUAGCUUUCAGACGUGCUUUAAGUUUUUCUAAACAUGGUCUAUCUUUUGAUUUUCUUUUUUUUUUUUUAAUGGUUAUCUUUUAAGGUGAAAAAGCAAGUAUGUUUGGUGUUAAUGUCACUGGCUGGAGGCCAUUGAUUGGUAAACAUUUGGUGCUUGGAAAGCAGCUGUGGCUGAGAAAGCCAUUCAUAAACUGAUUGGAAGAUUAGUGGUUCAGUUUGCACGUUGAAUUGUCCUUGGGCAAGAUGCUGAACCCCAUAUUAACACAAUUGAGAUGUUCAAUACGGGUGCUGAUAGGAUAGUUAGUAAUGUAAAAAACCUGAUAUUCCGACUAUAUUGGCCCAUAUGUUUUUUCUUUCUCUAACAUUUGUUGUGUAGCUAUUUAUUUACUUGUUUACACUCUGGUUUUUGUGUUUGCAUUGUACCAAACAUAGACAUUUGAAACGUGUUUGCUGUUGUAAGUGCUGAUGCAAUAGAUCGGUAAGUGGCUAAUAUCAUUGCCCCCGAUGUAUCUAUCAGAGCGCGAGUGUUUGCACCAUAUUCUUAAAGGCCCAUAGUAUGCAAGCACUAUAUGAAUACAGGUCUAUUUAACGUUCACCAGUUUGGCAGUGUUGGGUUGUGCUUAUUUUGUGUGAGCCGAUGAACCGAAAAAAAUGAGCCAAGAAAACAACUUUUGAAAACAGAAAGCAGACUCUUGUAAGCUGUGAAGUCACCAGACUGUCACCAGAAUUACACUCACUUGGGCACCUAUGAGAGAAUGUGGGCUAGUUAGAGAGGACUCUGAAAACACCAAAUGAGGGAAUAUGUUUUGGAGGAAUGCUGUUCAUCCCUGUGGUAGAGUUUUAGAAAUUUGGAGAAUCACUGAAUUUCCAGUGCAUGAAGGGCCAACACCUUGACACGACAUUGGGUUUUUCCUUUAAUUUGUUACCCAUCUUUCUAAUAUGUGUGUGUGUGCGUAGACACACAGACUAUACUUAAAUACAGUAUAUCUAUCCAAAUCCAUUUCUUUGUACACUAUAUAGACAUAUUAGCUUCAAAUGAGAGAAACUAUCAGUAUGAGUCUUAUCAUGUUGGUGAAAGACGAGUGAAACAUUAGCCAAAGUAUUAAGUUUUAAAAUUUUGUGUAUUUUCUGAGUGUAUGAUAAUCAUGGAUGAAACUGUGUGUUUGAGAUAUGCUAAUCAAAGACGCAUCAGAUGUGUUAAAAACUAUUUCAAGCAAAUGCAUCAUUUUUAUAUUCUUUUUCAG